AUGCCUCCACCAGCUCAGUCCGUCUCCCCUCUGGCUCCGAUCGGAGUCAGCGCAGCCCUUGAAGCGGCCGCCAACCCGAAUUUCCAACCAAAGGCCAAGAUCUUUGACGAGUUCGCGCUGACUGACCGAGUGGGCAUCGUUUCGGGUGGGAAUAGGGGCUUGGGGCUCGAGAUGGCGCUGGCGUUGUGCGAAGCUGGCGCGCGCGCUGUUUACUGCUGGGAUCUCCCUGCUGAGCCCUCGGAUGAGUGGGUCAAGACUAGGGAUUAUGUUACGAAAUUAGGAAAUGGGUCGAGGUUGGAGUACGCGUCGAUUGAUGUGAGGGACCAGCAGGCCCAGUGGGAUAAGGCAAAGGAAAUAGGAGAUAAAGAGGGGCGGAUGGAUGUGUGCAUCGCUGCUGCUGGAAUACUGAAAACCCACACGGACUGUUUGACCUAUCCCGCUCAACAAUUCAAAGAUGUGUUGGACGUCAAUACUCAUGGAGUGUUGUUCACUGCCCAAGCUGCUGGACAACAGAUGCGCAGGUUUGGACACGGUGGGAGUAUCAUCCUUAUUGCCUCGAUGUCAGGCAGUAUCACAAACAAAGACCACGCAUGGGUGUCGUACAACUCCAGCAAAUCAGCGGUCCUGCAGAUGGCGCGCAGCAUGGCUUGUGAACUGGGACCGGAAAGAAUUCGAGUCAAUACAUUGUCCCCAGGACAUAUAUACACCUCAAUGACUGCCGCCUAUCUCGACGCUCAACCCCAUCUUCUGGAGAAAUGGUCCAGUCUGAAUCCCCUAGGGCGUAUCGGGCGUCCAGACGAACUUCGGGGUGUUAUAGCAUGGUUGGCCAGCGACGCUUCCACUUUCUGCACGGGUAGCGAGUACGUGUCCCGUUUUCCCUGA